GUUUGUCGCAUUUUCGUCAAUCACUUCGGGACGUGGAAAUGCUGGACAAACAAAUUAUGGUUGGUCUAAUAGUACAAUGGAAAGGAUCAUUGAACAUCGUCGAGAAGACGGUUAUCCGGGAAUCGCAAUCCAAUGGGGAGCUAUUGGUGACGUAGGAGUUAUUCUGGAAAAUAUGGGUGAUAAUAAUACUGUUGUUGGUGGUACUUUACCACAACGAAUGCCUUCUUGCUUGGCUGCUUUGGAUUUAUUCUUAUCCUGGAACCAUCCUAUUGUUGCCAGCUAUAUCAAGGCGGAUAUUGGUGCUAAAAAAGUAGGAAGUAGUGGGAAUUUGUGGCAAACAAUGGCCCAUAUUCUGGGUGUGAGUGAUUCAGCGCAACUGAAUCCAGAUGCUUACUUAGGUGAUUUGGGUCUCGAUUCACUUAUGGGCGUUGAAAUUAAACAAGCUCUUGAACGAGACUAUGACAUCGUUUUGUCUAUGAAAGAUAUUAGAACGUUGACGUUAAAUAAGCUCCAACAAUUGGUAGAUUCCGGUGGUACAUCUUCAACGGUGUUACAAACAACUGAACUUGAAUUGAAGAAAGAAAGUGAAAAGGAGGCUGAACAAAACACUGUUGAACAACUUGAAAGGCAGAUGAAUCAGUUAUUCAAGAUGAGGGUAGAUGUAAACGACCUUGAACCAAUGGAUCUCAUAGUAAAAUGUAACAAAGUUGAAAGUGGGCCGCCAACUUUCUUUGUGCACUCAAUAGAAGGAAUUGCUACACCGUUGAAGAAAGUUAUGUCGAAGUGCAACUUCCCGGCAUACUGCUUCCAGUCAACUAGGGAAGUACCACAAGAUUCGAUUGAGAAAGUUGCACAGAAAUAUAUAUUGGAAAUGAAAAAGAUACAACCAGAAGGGCCAUACCGGAUAAUAGGUUAUUCUUACGGUGCUUGCAUUGGUUUUGAAAUGGCAACGAUGCUCCAGGAAAGCGAUGGUGCGGACUCCGUUGAAAAACUUAUAUUACUUGAUGGAUCUCAUCUUUAUAUGCAAACUUAUCGAAAUGUCUAUCGAAUGGCAUUUGGCGUGACCGGUGACACACUCGUUAAUAAUCCGCUGUUUGAAUCAGAAAUAAUGUGCGCUAUGACGCUACGCUUUGCAAAUGUCGAUUAUAAAAAGUUCCGAGUUGAAUUACUACAACAGCCAGGAUUUAAAGCGCGCGUUCAGAAGGUUGUGGAUACGGUAAUGACGACAGGCCUUUUCAAAUCGGCUGAUACUAUUGACUUCGCAUGCUGUGCGAUGCGUUCCAAGUUUGUUAUGGCUGAUAAGUACAAACCAGAACGAAAAUUUAAAGGACUGAUAACUCUAAUAAGAGCAGAACAAGGAGCGGCAAGAGAGGAGGAUGUUGGCUCUGACUACGGCAUUUCACAGGUAUCCGACGAGAACAAGGUGUACAUCGUAGAAGGCGAUCAUGACAGCUUUGUCCAAGGCAAAACUUCUGCAAAAACGGUGAACAUAAUCAAUGACUUGAUUGCGGAAACAAGUAAGAAAGUUAAAAACAUAUAA